GCCUAUUCUGCGGCCUGCUUAUACACACAUUCAUAUUCGCAGACGCAACAGUAGUCAUCCCAUCACCAUCAUCAUCGUCUUUGUUGCCCAUGUUUCUUGUUGAUAUUUAAUUAUCACUUUUAUCAUCUGAUAUCUGAAGAAUUCUACAUCGCAUCAGAUUAGAGCGAUAUAUAAUUCGAUGGGUGCAGCAGCGGGAUAUGGGCAGCUCAAUUUGGAGGAACCGGCGACAUGGGGUUCGCGAAACAUCGAUUGCUUUCAGAAAUUAGAACAGAUUGGCGAGGGCACUUAUGGACAAGUGUACAUGGCCAGAGAUAAUAAAACAGGAGAGAUUGUUGCUCUGAAGAAAAUCCGCAUGGACAAUGAGAAGGAAGGGUUUCCUAUCACUGCAAUCCGUGAAAUUAAGAUCUUGAAGAAGCUGCAGCAUGAAAAUGUCAUAAGAUUGAAAGAGAUAGUGACAUCUACAGGUCCUGAGGCGGAUGAACAAGCAAAGCCAGAUGGUGACAAUAAGUACAAGGGAAACAUAUACAUGGUUUUUGAAUACAUGGACCAUGACCUAACAGGGCUUGCUGAUCGUCCUGGGCUAAGGUUUACAAUCCCCCAGAUCAAGUGCUAUAUGAAGCAACUACUGACAGGACUUCAUUACUGUCAUGUCAAUCAAGUGCUUCAUAGGGAUAUCAAAGGUUCGAACCUUCUCAUCGAUAACGAGGGAAAUCUUAAGCUAGCAGAUUUUGGCCUUGCUCGGUCAUUUUCUAAUGAUCACAAUGGAAAUCUCACAAAUCGUGUAAUCACUUUGUGGUAUAGACCUCCUGAGUUGCUUCUUGGUGCUACCAAGUAUGGCCCAGCUGUAGACAUGUGGUCAGUUGGUUGUAUAUUUGCUGAGCUUCUGCAAGGGAAACCAGUUUUACCUGGGAAAGCUGAGCCUGAACAAUUGAACAAGAUAUUUGAGCUCUGUGGAACUCCUGAUGAGAAUAACUGGCCUGGAGUGUCUAAGACUCCCUGGUAUAACAAGUUCAAGCCAACCAGGCCUAUGAAAAGGCGGGUCCGGGAGAUUUUUAGGCAUUUUGACCGUCAUGCUCUUGAUUUGCUGGAGAAAAUGCUUACUUUGGAUCCAGCCCAGAGAAUAUCUGCUAAAGAUGCACUUGAUGCUGAAUAUUUCUGGACUGACCCUUUGCCUUGCGAUCCCAAGAGUCUACCCAAAUAUGAAUCUUCGCAUGAGUUCCAGACAAAGAAAAAACGUCAGCAGCAGCGGGCAAAUGAAGAAAUUGCCAAGAGGCAGAAGUUGCAGCACCCACAGCAACAUUCUCGCUUAGCUCCCCAAAUGCAAUCAGGACAAGCUCAUCCUCCACAGUGGUCAGGCCAUAACCAUCACAUGAACAAUUCCCAGCCCCCAAUUUCUGCUGGACCUGGUCAUCAUCACUAUGGAAAAGGUCGCGGCCCUGGGGGACCGAGCCGAUACCCUCCUGGUGGGAACCCCUCUGGAGGAUAUUAUGCAGAUCGUGGGGGCCAAGGUGGUGGUUUCAAUAGUGGGCCAUACCCAGCACAAGGGAGAGGACCACAAGGUGGGGUACCUACAUCGGGUUCUCGGGCAGGGGCAUCUGGUGGCUAUGGUGUUGGCCCACCUAACUAUCCUCAAGGCGGUCAGUAUGGAGGUUCUGGUGCAGGACGAGGCUCAAAUCCACUGCCAGGUAACCGCAAUCAGCAAUUUGGCUGGCAAUAAAUAUGUGGUGCUGAUGUUAAGCAGUGUUGAAAUGAAAAAGACUUGGUCUGGAAGUACUUGCCAGAGCAGAAAGGAGACCAACCUUCGGGGAAUGCAGUAAAUAGUAUUUCCAAUUGUAGGACUUUAUGGACAUGUAUGGUUAAAGUCUGUGUCGAUCAAAUUCAAAACACACAACAUAAUGACUUCUGACUUUUAAGUGCAGAAUUGCAUGAGUCUGAGAGGGGGGAAAUUAUAGACAUUUGUGUUUGUUGUAUUGGUCAUUUCUCUUCCAUUCUCAUGCAUUCUUUCUUAAACAUCUCUGUAAGUUUUGUCAAAGACGCUUUCUGUAAUUCUCUGGAAUAUGUAGAUUUUGAUAAUC